CUGGGGGCGGGGUCUGAGCUCCAUCCAGUUUGAACCUCUAUCAACUGGCCUCCGUAGCAAAGCACACAGCGUCGACAACAACAACAACAACGUGAAACGAAUUAUUUCUAUCUGACCGGUUAAAUCAGUCGUGCCACCAUGGUGAAAGGGGACGUUAAUAAACCCAAGGGCAAGACGUCAGCCUACGCCUUCUUCGUCCAGACCUGCCGGGAGGAGCAGAAGAUUAAACAACCCGACCAGUCGGUCAACUUCGCCGAGUUCUCCAAGCAGUGUUCUGAGAGAUGGAGGGCUUCCACUGCGAUUGACAAGCGUCGUUUUGAGGACAUGGCGAAGAACGACAAGGUGCGUUAUGAGAGGGACAUGAGGGGGUACGUCCCCCCCAAGGGGAUGGCCAAGAGUGGUAGGAGGAAGAAGGACCCCAACGCUCCCAAACGACCCCCGUCUGCCUUUUUUGUGUUCUCAGCAGAGUUCCGUCCGACGGUCAAACAGGAGUUCCCAGGCUGUUCUAUAGGAGAGACAGCUAAGAAGCUGGGGAUCAUGUGGGGUCAACAGACUCCAACCCAGAAACAGCCGUUUGAAGAGAAGGCUCUCCGACUGAGGGAGAAAUACGACAAGGUACUCUACGUUACUACGGAUAUGGCUGCAUACCGCUCUGGUGCGAACGUUAAGCGGGUGCCGAUGCGACCCGGUCCCGGUGGCUCGUCCAAUAUGAUGCCCCACGCCAUGGCUGGUGGCGACGAUGAUGAUGACGACGACCUGGAGGACGAUGAUGACGAAGAUGACGACGAUGAUGAGUAAAGUGUUAGCGUAGUGUUCGUGCCUGUUGGAUUGGUGCGUUCGAUUUAGCGCUCGCCUAGUGGGCGGAGUUUGCGCAUUUUGAGACCAUUCCAUUGGUCCUAAAGUGGAAACUCCGCCCUCCCAGGGUCGCGGCGAGGUAAAACGGACGAACCCAGUUCCACCGGAAUCCUAACGGGCCAGAGGAGGAAUCUGAUUGGCUGAAAGUUAUGUGUGCCUGUCAGUGACCCUGCAGGGUUGAGGGCUGACCAGAGGUCAAAGGUUAGUUAGGUCAGGGGUUAGUUAGAGCUGGACUGGACCAGACACGACCUAAAGGGGACUCAUAAUAUCACCGUGUAACUGAAUAGUCGUCAUCGCAAACAUCUGUAACCCUGGAAACAGUUGCUGUGGGCCAACAUGUCCAAUAGCAGACCUCUGUUGGGGUUGGAUAAGAGCUGAAUGUUGUGGGUGUCUUCAUUCGGUGUUGCUGUUUGUAGAAGGUUGUUGUUGUUCCCAGGGUUGUGUGUGGUCCUAGUGGUGUUCAGGCUCUACAAUAUUAUCACGUGUCGUAACAGAGCUGUGUGACGCUACAGACUCUUUUAAAAUAUACACUUUAUUUUUUUGUUUUUAAUUUUCUUUUUUAAUGGAAAAAUGUGUCCUGAAACAAUAUGUAGAAAUUGACUUUUAUAAUAAAAAAAAUUAUGAUUCUGAAAA